AUGCCACCUGCUAUGGAAAGUCGUUCCGCCUUGAACAUGGCUGCAAACACGUCCCAAAGCAUGAUGACAGAAACUCACAUCCAAGAAAAUCUCUUCGACAUUCCCCCUGACCUGGACUUUGCCGCCCUCGAUUUCCUAUAUGCACCGCGGUGGGCCACCGACAGCAUGUCCUUGGCGGAGGGGCUGGAAUACCUGGCGUAUUUCACCAGCACUCGGGGAAUGGGGGCAUUUCUCAAAAAGAACACUCUGCGUGAACGGCAGCGACUGGUCUUAGAGGAUGAAGUGAGGAAUCUUCCCGGUAGUGGCAUACUAACAAGCCUCUAUGAUGCAAGUCCGUUACCAGACUUGUGUUUCGACAAACUGGCCACCGACUUCACAACAGACGCCGUCUAUAACUUUGACGCAUCGGUCCUAGACUUCACCAUCAGCAGCUUAGACCCGCUUGAACUGAAAGCCCAAGACAUCAUUGCCCGCCUGGAGACCGUCGUCGUCGGCAAACGUGACAAAACCGUGAUAACCAUCGACUGGGAUCCCUCUACGCAAGAGCUGUGCCAUUCCUUCUUUACACCGUCUACCAUCCGUCGUUACCUGGGGUACUUUUGGUCCCUAUGGUACCCCAACUGUCCCAUAGUACACCGGCCGUCAUUCAAUCCCCAGACAGCACCCGCCGCUCUGGUCGCUGUAAUGGUCAUUAUUGGUGCUUGUCUAUCACCGCAUGAGGAGGAUGUGAAGGCUGCAGAAAAUUGGUUGGACAGUGUGGAAGAGUUGGUAUUCACUGAUAAUCGUUGUGAAGAGCCAGUCCAAGGAACUCCAACAUCAUCUCGCUUUGAUGAGCAAUGUGCCCGGAAGAAACGACGCAUAGAGAGCAUCCAGAUGACAUACCUCGCGUGCUCCUUGCAGAAGAGAGAAGGCUCUCUGGAGGCCCAGGCCCGGAUACGGAGAUAUCGCCAUGCCACCAUGGUCACUAAGCUUGCAAGAGACAUUGGCCUGAGCUCGGGGAACCAUCGAACCCUCAGUCUAGAUAGCCCGUCGUCUUCGUGGUGGGAUCAAUUCUCGGCCGAAGAAGAAUUGAUCCGGUGA